GGUGACUGUGUAACAAUGAAUUUUAUUUUAUUUUAUUUACAGAACUCUCAACUUUUGUACUUACAGGAGCUGGCAUCGCGUGGACACAAAGCAACCUUAAUUCCUGUGUUGUCUUUUACAUUUGUUUCCUUGAACACUUUGUCAGACAAGCUGUUCCAGCCAGAACGACAUGGCGGGCUGAUUUUUACCAGCCCGAGGGCGGUGGAGGCAGUCAAAAUGUGUCUUGAAGAUGAUGAAAGAACGGAACAGUGGAACAUGGACAUAAAAGACAAAUGGAAUGCCAAGUCCAUCUAUGUUGUUGGGAAGGCUACUGCAGCGCUAGUGGAAAACCUAGGUCUGGUCCCCCUGGGAGAGGACACUGGGACUGCAGACGUUCUCUCGCGCCUCAUCCUUGAACGAGAGGAUGCCAAUAUAUUACCACUUCUCUUCCCCUGCGGUUCCAUUAAAAGAGAGGUUUUACCUUCUACUUUGAGGGAAAACGGAGUUCCUCUAGACACACUGAUGGUUUAUCAGACAGCUCAACAUCCAGACCUGGAGAAGAACCUGAAGAACCAUUUUACACAGCAGGGUGUUCCAGACAGCAUUGCCUUCUUCAGCCCGUCGGGAGUCAGGUUCUGUUUGGAAACGGUGAGGAGACUGUCAGGUGAACAACUUGUGGAGAUAAAGUUUGCAGCCAUAGGACCCACCACAGCAGAGGCCAUGACGGCCGAGGGGCUCUCGGUCAGCUGCUCAGCAGAUAAACCUACAGCUGAGCACCUAGCCACAGGGAUAGCAAAGGCUCUACAGUGACAGACUUGACGAGACGGACCGCAAACCAACCCGAAAAACUUGAUCCGUCCCUCAUCACGCCAUCACGUUCUCAUUCAGCCUCUGUGAAAAAGGAUUGUGGUAUUGCAUUCUUUGUGAUUGAUUUAUCCCUGUGAAGUAUUUGCUAUUAUUUGUGGGGUUUAUGUCCUAUUUUGAUCUCGGAUAACCAUCUGUAUAUUUAUUAUAUUGUCAUGUGUUGUUGUGCACCGCAGAGAUAUUGUAAUGCUUUCUGCCUAUUUGUUGACACUGAAUGUAUCAAAUCAUGCUCUUAUAAACUUGUGAAUACACUGAGCUGA